AUGGCGGCCGGCGCCCUGAUGUCCAUGCCGGUUCUCAUCGUCAACAUGGGCGGUGAGAUGGUGUACAUCUUGGCGCAGCGCUUGCAAGCACAGCAGAUCCCCUCCAGCAAGGGCCAGAAGGUGCUGUGCGACGUGGUGCGAACAAUGUACUACCCGCGCUUCAUUGAAGAGCUCUUUAAGCCGCAGGAGAUCUACUCUCUGCAGUCCACCCGCCAGAUUUUCGACCGCCUUGCGCACUCCUCCAUCAUGCGGCUGAACGAGUCCUCCAUGGGCAAACUAUUCGACCUGAUGAUCAUGGGCUUCAAGCUGCAGCUGAUGUCGGUAGCCUCCCCUCGGGAGAUCGUGGAUGUCACCACGAACCACCUGGAGGAGCUGAGGCGCCUGGCAGGUGAUGGCGAGGGCGUGUCCGCGCUGGUGGACGAGUGCGUAAAGCAAGUGAACCAGGCCUAUGGCCAGAUGGGCUUGUCGGAUCUCUGCAGCAUGCGCCACAGCCUUGCGACCUUUGUUCAGGGCUGCAAGGUGAAGGUCUCCCUCUUUCUGCAUGAAGGCACUCAGAAGAGUGACGGCUCCUUCUCAACGUGCCAGCCUUAG